AUGGACUGCGAAAUAUUCCGGCCCACGGAGCAGCCCAAAAAGAGCACCGCUCUCUCCCAGAGUGCCAUUCUUCUGCCGGGGCCGGGGAACACGGACAUCGUCGUGCGCGCUCUCCAUGGCAUAACAGAGGGGAAGGAGGUUUGCAUCAGCUAUUUCGCGGCCAAUUGGAGGUAUGCUGACAGGCAACGCAGGCUGCUGGAGGAUUAUGGGUUCCGGUGUGAGUGUGAUCGGUGUCAGAUUGAGAGCAAGUGGAAGUUUGAUGAUGAUAAUGAUGGCGGUGAUGGGGAUGAUACCAUGGAAGAGGGGCAUGGCAAGGAGGUUGCUGAAGAUGGUGGUGAUGAGGGGAUGGAGCAGGAGGAAGGGAGUGAUGACGAUGGCGACGAUUUCCCGCAUGCCUUCUUCUUUGUGAGGUAUCUGUGUGAUCGUGAGGACUGCUAUGGCAUGCUUGCACCGCUGCCGCCCUUGCCGAGCGGUGAGCUGUCCCACAUAUUUGAGUGCAAUGCCUGUGGGCAACUGAAGAAGGAAGAAGAUGAGGAUGAGCCUGAUGCUGGUGAAUGCAGCAUGGACCAGUAG